AGGUUAUUUCUGCAUAGUUCACACUUUUUGCAUAGCCAUGUGAACCCUGAACAGCUUUAAGUAAGCACUUGAGUCUCAACGACCAAGUUCUCUAUAAUGCGGCAUAGUCAUAACCACUCGACUUCCAUAGUCCUUCUUGUACUGGUGCUGGUGGCCGAGACAAUUAAUCCUGCUGUGGCAGAAAGACGAAACGCAGAUCACAGUAAACACCACAAGGAUGCAAAUGGUCGUAUGCAGCGAAGUCACAAAUCCAUAAAAUCUCCAGAAAAUGCAAAACCACACAAUGAAGUAACAAAUAAAAAAGUAGCCGUUGUGCAAGCUCAAACUGGAACUGUGGCCGUUUUGCAUUGCAAAAUUAAACAUAACAAUGUUACGGUGUUAUGGCUUAAAAAACAAGGAAAUGACAGCUUCACUCUUCUUACUGUAAAUGCUUCUACCCACUCUUGGGAUAAAAGAUUUUACGCUUCAAAUGAAAAGGAUAACAAGGAUUGGACUUUGCAUAUAAUGUAUCCCAAGGAAUCUGACCAAGGGUUAUAUGAGUGCCAAAUAUUCACCGAACCCAAGACAAGGGUUUUUGUAAAGUUAGAACUAAUUGAAGCAAGAGCUGAGAUAUUUGGGGGAAGCCCCAAAAUCGUGAAAGCCGGCUCCCCUUUAAGACUGAGUUGCGUCCUGCGUAGGUCCAUCGACCCCCCUAUGUAUAUUUUUUGGUAUCACGAAGACAGGAUGAUAAACUAUGAUCUGAUGGGUGGGGCAGCCGUUCGUCAUGGUAGACAAGGAAGCGAAUUGGUCAUACCAAGAGCCGAACCUGAGCACGCUGGUAACUAUAGUUGCGUACCGUCAAACGCUAGACAAGUCAGCGUGCUUGUAGAUGUAAAACAUGGGCACAGUGAAAAGCAGGCUGCAAUCCAGUCUGGAACAAAGACGUCAGCCGUGAAAGCAACGUGGUCUCAAAUGUAUUUCUGGAACUUCAUUGCCAUGCUGAUUCCAAUUCUGACCUUCCACCUAAGCAGAUGACACUGCCAACUGUAAACGUGACAAUAUUAUACUAAGUUAAUCAAUGAUGAGUGCUUGUCACUGGAAUUAAAUUCGUUAACCGAUGCAAACUGAUUUUCAUAUGUUCCUAAUUUCGGCACUUAUUCUGUUUCUCAAUUUAGUCUAGUCUAGAAGUAUUGACCCUUCUAUGAAACCUUUUCUUCCGAUCCACCGUAUAGUUGAAGACUUAUCCUUUCAUUAGAAAUAUAAGGUUCCAAUGGAUUUUGAAACAACUUUGCUAAAGUUAGGACAACUUGUUCUCUUAGCAUUUCCAGAUAUCUUGAAGAAGAAAUAACAUUUCUGUUUAAUGGAAGCUUUUUUGAAAAAACUUAAAAUUAUAAAAUUUCGAAUAACGAAUUUUAUACCAUAAGUGAAAUCCUAUAUCGAACCCGGUAAAAUUAAAUUGAAAUUUAAUAUCUUUAAUGUAUAUUGAAUUUGGUUUUAAGACUUAACAAGACCAAAAGUGUCCAGAUUUCGUUUAAAUAUUUUAAAUUGUUAUAUUUUUUUAUUUUAUAUUCUAUUUAAAAUUAUAAUACCACUUUUUUAGACAUUCUAAAUACUCAAUAUACACUCAACGGCAAAAUAAUCGAUCCACACAAAUUUUCGAUGGUUUAAACAAAAAUAUGUUUUUUACCAUAAGUUUAAGACACUCUGUAGAGUGGCAAAACCGUAUAUUGUUCUAAAUUAAGUUUUAUUUAUCAAGUCACAUGUAUUCUUAACAGUUUUGUUUUUGUUUCACCUCGAUAUAUUUAUUUUUGUGGAAAAUAUGGAUUUUUAAAAACAACAUUGCAAUUUCCAAUAUUUUUCUGUAUGAAGAACUAAGGUUGCUAUGGUCCAUCCAUAGGCUAUGGACAUGUCAUACACGGCUUUUAAAAGCUGUCAAAUUGUUUUUUGCAAAUUAAUGUUUAAAUUUUGGUGUCUUCGUACUUUAAAAAAUGGAUAUGUCUCCGACUGAUGUUGCCAGAGCCAUUAAUUUAAUCCAGGAUGGACGGUCACAGUAUUACGUGGCAAGUGUUUUAAACGUCACAAGAAGUAAAGUAUAAAGGGCAACAUCAGUCGGAGACAUUUUUAAAAGUAAGAAGACACCUCAAAAUUAACACAUUAAUUUACAAAAAACAAUUUGAUAGCUUUUGAAAGCUGUAUAUGACAUGUCCAAGUAUGGGAUGAUUCAACAAAACUGUCACUGUCAUCCUCCAUAGGCUAUGGAUUGACCAUAGCAACCUUAGUUCUUCAUACUGAAAAAAUAUUGGAAAUUGCAAUGUUUUUUUAAAAAAAUCCAUAUUUUUCACAAAAAUAAAUAUAUCAAGGCGAACCAAAAACAAAACUGUUAAAAAUAGAUGUGACUUGAUAAUUAAAACUUAAUUUAGAACAAUAUACGGUUUUGCCAGAGUGUCUUAAACUUAUGGUAAAAACAUAUUUUUGUUUAAUCCUGUAUAUUAUAAACGUACGUGUAUUUUUUAGUAAUUUUUAAAGUGUGAGCGAUUCUCCAUUAAUGUAGGUAUAUACAAUAUUCUUUAAUAUUUGUUUAAAUCCGAAAUCAAAUAAAAAAGUUAUUUGCGAUUGAAAUUCAUCAAAAAUGUGUGUGGAUCGAUUAUUUUGCCUGUGAGUGUACAUAUAUUGAAUCAAAAUUUAUUUAAAUUAUUUAUCGCUGUACAUAAACAUUGUAUAUAUAACAAUCAGUAUCAGCACCAUAUUAUUUGUUAAAUGAAACAUAAUAUGUACAAUUAAUGAAUGUGAAAAUUAAGGUUAGAUAGAUCUGACAGUAUUCAAAGAUUUAAAAGUCAAAAAAAGGAAGGAAAAUGAAAAUCAUCAUAAUGAGAACUAUGUACAUUUUAUUAAAUAAAUAUUUUUACAAUUACAUUACAGUUAUAAAUCAAUGGUUAACAGUGAAUAUUUUGUUUUAUUAUUAAACAUUUUAACAAAAAAUAAUUAUAUAUCUAUGUAAUAGGUAAGUCUAUGUAAUUAACCAUUUUAUCAGUUGUUUAUAAUUUAAAAUGACAUGUAUACAUAAAGGACCUAUGUUAAGAUUUCCUAAUCUAUUUUUUGUUAAUUAUUUUACCCUUAUGUACAAAAUCUUUUUAUUAAAUAAUUAC